AUGGAGGGUGUUGAGACAGUUGAUGUAAGCUGGCUGCAUCAUUCUCAGAAAGACAACAACCUUUCUCGCUGCAGAUCCGCCUCAUCCUUUGGCAACGACGUGGAAAAUUCGACGGCACAGCAAGCCAAUUCCGAAAAAUCUCCUCUGGACAAAUCAUCGCCAAUCGCACAAGAUGCAUCUUCCCGCCCAAAGUCCGCCAAACCGGACGUACACAACGCCAGCUCCCGGGCUGACAAGGAAAGUCGGAAUGGCGAAUCCACCGCAAGCAACGGAACAACCCCGUCGUCAGACUCAUUCCCGAAGAGCGCACCGAAACCGAUAGGAAGGCGAGGCUCAUGGAUUUCAAGCCUUAGUUCCAAGUUCUCCUCUGGCUCUACCCCUCCGUCGCAGUCCAACAUGAAAUCCCCGACAGCGCCAAAAGCAAGCCCUCCCGCCUCAAAACUCGACAUGCAUAACCCGUUUGGAGCAGCAUAUUCGCCAAAGGACAAGGAGGAAGAGAGAAAAGACGAAAAUACCCCUUUCACGUCGAGUUCGCCUCGGGGGCCGUCGUUCUUGCAGAGCGCGUUCCGGAAGUUGUCCUCAUCUGGCUCUGGAGGAGGAAAACCAGCUGCUGGAAAUGCUGCGGUUUGUGAGCGUCGCACAUUGAAUAUUGAUAAAGACCGGGAUAGGUGUAAAGUUCCGAAUUUGAAUCCGGCGAAGCUGCGGCGGGUUGCCUUUUGCGUUGACGUCGAAAUUGCGGGUAUAGCCCCCCGUGACGAUGAAGAAAGCCCGAGCACAGCACGACGCCAUGUUAUCGAGCUGAAUGGUCACAAGCCGAAACGUUCAAACUCGAAAUCGAAAAGUAAAGACGAGGCAGAACCGCUGAAGCGUCCGCAAGCUACACAGGCGGAGAAAGAGACAUCGGCGCAGGAGAACGGCGCCCCGAAUAGCAGCCCACCUACAGCACCAGCGAAUGAGGACAAUCCCAAGGGCGAGACCAAGGAACCCACACGAAAGCAAGAAAAGAAAAAGCGAUCAGAAGAGGAGAGACGAGAACGGAAGGAGAGGAAACGUAGACUAGCGGAGGCAAACGGCUCGAUUCCGCUACAGCUGACAGCUGAUGAUCAUGAGGGCGAUCCUAGAAACAGCGCACCUGGCGGCACCCGGUCUGGAGCGCAGAACCAUCCGACAACGGAUCCUAUCCGAAUCUACCGACGUUGUUGCCAAUUGCGUGAAACUCCUGUCCUCAAACGAAUAGUUGAUGAGAUUUCGUCGCCUUCGUCAACGCUCGCGGAAUCGCCUGGUACUGUCGCUGUCUUGAAUCUUACCAAUUUCCCCAUGACUGCCGAGGACAUUGCCACAUUCAGCGACUGGUUGGCUGUUGUACCAGUGCGGAAAUUGAUCCUCGAGAAAUGCGCCCUGACGGAUGAUGCCGUCCGCGCCAUACUUUCCGGUCUCCUUUCUACCAAAACCGUGGAGCAGAUGAGGCGUAGGCGUGGGAAAAAAAGCAGAGGCAACAGCCAACCACAGGAGAAGAUUGAGAGGUUUAGUGUCGUGGAAAGAUUAUCUCUGAAGGAUAAUUCCAAGAUCGGCCCGGAAGGAUGGCGCCAUAUCAGCCUAUUCAUCCAUCUGUCCAAGUCUCUAAAAGCCAUCGAUCUCUCAGGCAUUCCUCUGCCAAAAACAACUAUUCCGCUCAAUGAUUCUACAAACUUACCUCCGCGGGGAAUUAACCCUGCCCCCUCUUCCGCGCACAUAGACGUGGCCGCCGUGUUUUCAAAUUCUCUUUCAAAUCGAUUUGGUGCCGAUCAUCUCGAGGAAUUGCUGUUAAGCGAAUGCAAGCCUACAAUGGACGAGGUGAAGAAGAUUUGUGAGGCUGCCACAACCGUUGGUUUGAGGAGGCUAGGCUUAGCCAAUAAUGGAGUAACCCGUGAAGGCCUGCAACAUGUUGUCAAUUAUCUAGAAUCCGGGAAAUGCGAAGGUCUCGAUCUGGGCGGGAAUCCCAUAGGGGAGGAUCUGGAUCUCAUCACUGAUGCUAUCGAGAGUCACUUGCCUCUUUACGCUCUAAGUCUGGCAGACUGUUCCCUGACUCCCUCCACCAUCUACCCGCUGCUUCAAGCCUUCACGCAUCUGCCCAACAUUCGAUUCAUCGACUUCUCACAUAACCCUGCAUUGUUCUCUACACAACCGGAUGCCUUGUCGACUCUUAGACGCUUCCUGCCUAAGAUGCCCAACUUGAAGCGCAUUCAUUUGGCUGACGUUAACCUUUCUUCUGACCAUACGAUAGCUCUUGCCGAGAUUAUCCCCGAAUGCCCGAGUUUAAGCCAUUUGAGCAUCUUGGAAAAUCCUGCCAUUGUUGCUCUUGCAUCGGCGACGGACCCGGAGGCUCAGGAAGAAGCGUGCGCGGUUUAUGCAUCUUUACUUGCCGCAGUGCGCGUAUCAAGAACCAUCAUAGCUGUUGAUAUUGAAGACCCAAGCGCCGAAAACAAUGAAGUUGUCAAAGCCUUGGCAUCUCAGAUUGUCGCAUACUGUCUUCACAAUCUUGAAGGUGGAGCUCUUGAAGCCGAGCUCUCUGGGAACAUCGAUCCGUCGCAGCCACGGACGGCGGUCCCGAUUCCUGAAAUCCUUCAGCAUAUCGUUGGUAAUGGUACUGCUGAUGAAGGGGUUGAUGAGGAUGACGAGCUUGCUCCUGAUGAAGACUAUGUCAUCGGGGGUACAGGUGUAGUCAAAGCCCUAGGGGUAUGUCUCGGUAAUCUUGAUCAACAUAUGCCAGGCGACGUGUCCGGUCCUCCAAGUGGAACAACAACACCCAGGCAUCGAAAAUCAAGGUCAUUGGCUGCCAAACGUCCCCGCGAUAUGUCUAAGAAUCUUCUGGAUUCAGCUCGUGGCAUACGCAGCAGGAUUGAGUCGGCACUUGUGCGCGAGGAUCGUGCAGGCAAUGAUGACAAUUACAGGCGUCUCCAAUUCCUUGACUUUACACUACAAAAAAUGAUCCAGCGCUUCGAGGAUGAAUACCCGGAGACGCGGAUUAUACCGCAGCCUCUGAAGCCAACCCAGGACACAAGCUCUCAGAAUUCAGGAGACGACAGCUAUCUUGCUACAAGUAUAGGGAAUCUCCAGUCAGCUGGCGCUACACUUGAUAAUGAGAACGCGGUUGAUGAUGACGAAGGUGACCAAUAUGCUGUCCGGCUGUCGCGGGCGAGUUCCAUUACAUCCCUUUACUCUCGUGCAAUGACAUCUGAAGAAGGUCAUGUCCACCGUCUUGGACAAAACAUACGUCGCGAUUUCCUCCCCCUAGACCAGGCAGAGGAAGGGGAGUCCUCCGAAAUGAUGGAUGAGUCGCAAUUUACAGCCUUGCGGGAGAAGCUGGAUCGGUUACAUGAAGAACAGACCCGCUCGCACUUUGAGAGCGUGGGUGCCGACAAGGCUUUCCAGGAGCUGGGAUCCACGGUCGAGGAACUAUGGGCGAUCCAACGACAGGACUCAGAAGCCUACGAAAGAUUCAGACAGAGCCAAAUUGCUGCUCAAAUCAAUAGCGGUAGAAGGACGCCCUCCGUGUCGGACACUAAUAGGGCCAGAGCAAGCAAUAUCGGUCGCGAACAGCCAUCGGCUCCAUGA